AUGUCUCAGCCGCCAGCCGUGGGCGUCAAUCGCCCGCGCGCGAUGUCGAGCGCGCGACAUCGCGCGCAGAAGCACCAGAACCGAACCCCGUUCGUCGCCAAGCGCGAUAUCAAGCGCACCGAGACGGAUCGCGCGAAUGAAGAACGGUUGAAGUCGCUCGCGUGCGCGAAUGUGUGCGACCGCUGCGUCGCCAAAGCGCGCUGGAGGUUCCAGAUGGGGAAGUAUAAAGCGAAGAAGAACGGCCAGCGAGGGAGGUGCGCGUCGUGCGCGUUGAAGACGAUCAGGCUGGCGUAUCGAUCGCUGUGUGACGGGUGCGGGUCGAAGCUCGAGGCGUGUCCGGGGUGUCGGACGCCGCGGGCGGACGCCGCGCGGGACGGCGGCGAGGUCGUCGGUGCGUCGGACGAGGACGAGGACGAAGACGAGGACGAGGACGAGGACGAGGAUGAUGACGCGUAG